AUGACGAAGACAGAAGCACCAACGAAAAAGACAGAAGUAAAAGAAGAAGGCACAAUGUCAAAACACAAACGCGUAGUUUAUUCAGACAAACGAAAAAUAAAAAAGUACUCUUUGGUCGCUGCAGUUUUAUUAAUCAUCAUACUCUGUGUGUUUGUCAUCGUCUACAAAUCUAUCCAACCGCGUCCACUGUUCAUUCUUGAAGAUCUCUACGUUGAUUCCGUCUCAAAUUCAAGUUUGAUGGUGAAACUCUUAUCGACCAACCCAAGCUCCAAGAGCAGUCUUUACUACAGCAAGAUCGGUAUGCGUGUGUGGGUCGAAGGAAAUUUCGAGACAGAGAGAGUUUUCUUGGCCAACACGUUUCAGAAGCCGAAAAGUGUUCUAGCGUGGACAGCUGCCGUGGCAACCAAUAGCAACAACGCUAGGAUUAACGGGAGUUUUCAGAUGAGAGACGGUGUGACAAAAGGCAACGUAAUUGUGGAUUUAUCCAUCCAAUGGAAGAGUGGUAUCCUCUCCUCGUCAAAGUUUAGUUCACGCAUAAGAUGUCCUCUUUUGCUCAACCUAAAAGACUUGACCUCUGCAGUUUCCAAACCAAUGUCUUCUUGUUCUCUUCUGCUCAACCCAAAAGACUUCACCUAG